AUGGCUAAGGCAGAAAAUUACCUGUUCCGCCAGGCACAGCUAGACAUUUAUGCUACCGAAAUAACUGCUCUAACCGCGAGCCGUUCAGAAACGCAAUCAUCGAAACGAACUAUUAGGAACAAUCCGUUGUUUCGCAGUGCAUUCAUCGACGAAAACGGAGUAGCACGUAUCCAAGGAAGAACUAAGGCGUGUGUAUUUGUCAAUCGUGACGCUGUAGAGCCAGUCAUACUUCCGCGACAACAUCAUAUAACACAAUUGAUCAUUGCCGAUGCUCAUGAAAAGUAUCAUCAUCAGAACCACACGAUAAUCAUCAACGAGCUUUUGCAACGCUACCGUAUUCCCCGGAUGAAGGCGACAUACCAUACUGUCCGACGAAAUUGUCAGUACUGUAAGAACCAACUAGCUAAACCGCAACCACCAGCAAUGGCCGAUCUUCCCCGGGCACGAUUAGCCGCAUUUAGUCGCCCAUUCACCUACAUGGGGGUAGACUACUUUGGCCCAAUUCUGGUCUCAGUGGGCCGCCAUUCCGAGAAAAGGCGGGGGGUUCUUGCUACAUGUCUCACCACUCGCGCCAUCCACCUACAAAUUGCUCACACACUGACAACCAGCUCCUGCGUCAUGGCCAUCCGAAACGUUAUGGCUAGGAGAGGCGUUCCAGCUGUUAUAUACAGCGAUCGUGGCACUAAUUUCCAAGCUACCAGUAAGGAACUUCAAACAGCCAUUCAGCAGCUCAAUCAUGACAAACUGGCAAAUGAAUUCACCACCAGUCGUACUCAAUGGAUCUUCAUCCCUCCUCUAUCCCCUCACAUGGGUGGGGCUUGGGAACGGCUUGUUCGCACCGUUAAGCAGAACCUUGCAGUAAUGCAACCUAGCAGACUCCCUACCGACGAAGUUCUUCAAAACGCGAUCACAGAGGUUGAGAAUAUUGUUAAUUCUCGGCCACUUACGGAUAUCCCAAUUGACCAUGAUGAUUCGCCUGUGCUGACACCAAAUCACUUCCUAUUGGGUUCAGCCAAUGGUCUACGAUCAUGGGUUGCAUUUGACGACAGCCCAACGCUACUCAAGAACUGUUAUAUGCAAUCUCAAGUCAUGGCAAAUGUAUUCUGGAAACAGUGGGUGCGUGACUACCUACCAAGCAUUACUCGUCGAUCAAAAUGGUUUAUACCUGCUAAACCUAUCGCCGUUGGUGACAUUGUAUUGAUCGUAGACCCCAAACUGGCUCGGAACUGUUGGCCGAAAGCAAGAGUAAUUGCCACACAUGAAGCACCCGAUGGACAGGUUCGUCGAGCCACGGUUCAAACAUCAACUGGAGGUAUAUAUGAACGUUCAACAAUAUGGUAG